GCGGCGGUUGGCCGCCCCGCGGCCGCGGGCUGCUUUUUUAUGGCGCCGCCCGCCUUAGGGGAGGAGAGAGACCAACCGCCGCUUGGGCUCCUCCACCUCCACCACGUCGUCGUCGCUCGCUUCGCGGACUCCACCUCCUCCUCCACCCAAAGGUACUGCGCCUCCCUCCUUCCCUUUCCUUGCUUCCCCACCACCUGUUCGCCGGAACGCUGCAGCCGCGGAAAAAGGGGAGGAGAAGAAAAAAAAAAGAAGUCGCUUGCUGUCCCGUGUCUCUGCGCUGCCGAGGCCUGUGUCGGUAUUUGGUGCGGCGCUUCUCUUCCGGCGGCGGCGACGGAGAGAGCGUUGUGCUCUUGAUCGGCCGGUCCUCGGCAAGGGCCUUCGCUGCAUAUAGAAAAAGAAUAAGCUGGCUCGAAGAUAAUGGCAUCUCUUACUCCAGGGAUACUAUUAAAGGUUCUAAAAAAUAUUAACUCCGAUGUGAAAGUAUGUGGAGAAUACCGGUCCAUUCUUCUCCAAGUUAUUAGCAUUGUCCCUGCAAUUACUGGUUCAGAACUCUGGCCGGACCAUGGUUUCUUCAUCAAAGUUUCAGAUUCUUCACACUCAACGUAUGUUUCCUUGUCUAAGGAGGACAACGAACUCAUCUUGUCAAACAAACUACAACUUGGGCAGUUUAUAUAUGUUGAGAAGGUACAGUCAAGUAUACCUGUUCCAGUUCUUGUUGGGGUCCGCCCAGUUCCAGGAAGGAACCCUUGCAUUGGAAACCCAAAGGAUUUGAUGCAAAUGUCAACUCCCUCUGGGGUUAUGGAAGCACUGGAUCAUCAACGGAAGACUUCCAAGUCAGCUGAUCUGUCUGAAAGUGAAAAGGAAAAUUUGCAGAGAAAGGUAGUUAUCAAAGAGCAGAAGACAGUUGUUGCUUCCCGAUACAUGCUUGGGGUAUCAAGCAACAAUGGAAAAAUUACCAAUCUCAACUCCAGCAUUGACAGUGACAAAAGUAAUGGAGGAAGUACCAUAUCUGAAUCAAAUCAAAAGUCUGUUGCCCCGAAAGUCAGACAAGAGGCAAAACCUCAGGAGAGGCCAAAUAAUACAUCUCCUAGUAAUGCUAAGUUAGUUUCCACAAAGCAAGAAAUUAGCAAGGACACACGCAAGAAUAGUGGCACUUCACCUAGUCCAAAUGGUUCUGCUGUAGUCAAGAAGCAAAUGCCAAAGGAGGGCAAAAAGGAAUCUGCUACUGAAAGAAAAUCACCACCAAAGCUUUAUAGAAGUUCACCAAUGCCAGCGAGGACUUCACCAACAAAGCUCAAUUCACCAGCAAAGCAGACUGGAAACACUGGUCCAGUUCCUUCUGCAGCUACUGUUAAAAGAAGAGUUACUGAAACUAUCUCUUGGGACUCCCUCCCAACGAGCCUAAUCAAAUCAGGAAAGGCUGUUGUCCGGAGGAAGAAUAUUGCUCUUAUUGUAGCAGCUGAGGCUCAAAGGGAGGCUGCUGCAGCUGCAUAUCUUGUAAAAGGCCUUGGAAUUUUUGCUGAGAUAAGAGAAUCUUCUGAAGUGGAUCCACAUGCUGCAAUCACCAAAUUCUUCCAGCUGCACAGGCUUAUCAUUCAGCAAAGUGCUGUCUGGAAAGCUUACUCACCUGAGCCUAGCAAAGAAUCUCGACCAGAGAAAGAAAAGCCGUCGAGGAAAGCUUCUGCAUCUCAUCAGAACAAAGCUGGUAACACAGCUAAGAAUCCCGAAGAUGCUCAGGGAAGCGAAAAGACCGAAUGGGCCCGGGAGGACGGUUUCAAGGAGAUCUGCAGGUCAUGGAUUGCCCUGAAAAAAGAAUCGCGGUCAUGGUUUCUGAGGUUCCUGGAGGAUGCACUUGAAUCAGGAUUCAUGUUCGAGAGCCAAACCAAGAACACCAGAGAACGUGUGAGGGGACAACCCAAGGGCGGCGGGGACGGGAGGAUCGCGGUCCGGCUGUCGCAGCUCAAGGAGACGAGCAACUGGCUCGAUCAGCUGCAGGACGAGGCGGCAGACAGUUCCGCCGACGGUUUGGCCGAAACCGUUGAGCAGCUGAAGCAGAAGGUGUACAAGUGCUUGCUUGGAACGGUUGAAACCGCGGCGUCAGCACUGGAAGGAAGGUAGUACACGAGGAGAUGAAUGAAAUGAUGUCAAGGGUGAUGAAGAAGAGCUAAGUUAUUGGGUGUUUCAGUUCUGCGACAUGACGUAGGGUUGAAGAAGAACACGAUGAGCAAAGAUGUAAAUAGUCGGGUUGCUGAUUUUAAGUUAUAUAAAUUAAUUUAUUGUUUUUUUGUCGGGGCAUUUCCUGGUGUUGCGUGUGAAGUGGUAAUUGAUUUUCUUGGAUCUUCAAAUCGUGUGUGGAGUGUGGUCAGUACAAAUGGUCUAGCGUGUGAAAUAUAGUCGGGUUGCUGGAUUUCUAUUUGCA